GUCAGAAAAACGCAAAGGUAAAUAGCGCGAUGUUUGGUGUUCGGUACUGUACAGACUUGUAGUUCAGUAUGCCUUUCCUACUUCAUGCUAAAGGAGACUUUACAGAGCUUCUAUGUGUUAACUUUCGUAUAGGUUAUGCAUGAAUUUUCAACACCCGAGUUAAAAACUCUGUGAUCUUUCUGAUAGAAAUAAUUCUACGAAACCAAUUGCAGUAUAUCGACGUCUAGAGUUGUUCUCAGUGUUGUCAUGAAGCAAAGGCAUUCAGUAGCCGCCCUCAAAAAGGUCAAGAAAAAUAUAAAAAAACACUUUAACGAUCAAGAUGCUUCUGAACUCUACAAAGUGUUGUCGAAAAAAUUGUUCGGGAACUUGGUAGAGAUAUAUGAUCUAAUAUCUUAUCCUUGUGAACAAGUACCGAAUGAAGAUACAGAUCUAAAUGCGAUUACCAAUGACUUAGUAGAAGCACUUUAUGAUGGUCCAUUAACCAUUGAUCCUUUGGAUGUAGAAGCGAAUGAAUUAAUUCAACUACUUAGUUCUCCAGUAUGGCGUAGCUUUUCUACUGCAUACACUGAAAUAACAACCAGUCACUUUGAUAUGCCUGAAUUACCUGAGGUAGCGUAUAUGACGUCGGGCCUGGGUGGUACUAAUACAAAUCUAGGAAGUUUUCUAGCCAGCAAAGCAUCUAAUUUACAUGUGGCUGACAGAAGUUUCGGAGAUGGUAUUAUAAAGGAUAAUCGAAAUGGAAUCCCCAAUGAACUGUAUAAUUCACGAUUAAUUAUGUACGGUGCUGGUAGUGAAAAUGUGUAUACUGACUUGAGAAAAAACGAAGCUACACUUACUGGAGGUGGCGAUGGUCCAGCAUUACCACCUGUAGAUGGUGCAGUAAAAAUGAUCGGGAUUCAAAAGAAUCAUGGUGAAGAUUUAGGUAUCACUGUUAUUCAACAACAAUAUAUGUCUGCACAUUAUGGUUUAGUGAAAGAAUUAGUAAUUAAACGAAUUUUAGCUGCUUCUCAUGUUGAACAGCUAGAUUUACUACACGUAGGUGAUGUGAUUCGUGAAGCAAACGGAGUUCCAGUUGAUAAUCCUGAAGUAUUACAAAAAGUAUUAAAAAAUGCAUCUGGAAAUGUCACAUUGAAAAUCAUUCCUGGUUACCAAUCAACUCCUAUUUCUUCACAACUUUUUCUUCGAGCUCACUUUUCAUAUGAUCCGAAAAAUGAUAAUUUAAUUCCAUGCAAAGAAGCUGGUUUAAAAUUUUCAGCCGGUUCUGUCCUUCAAGUUCUUAAACAAGAAGAUCCUUAUUGGUGGCAGGCAAGACAUCAUAAUCAAGAUGGUCGUGCUGGUCUAAUUCCAUCCAUAGUACUACAAGAAAGACGUAAAGCCUUUAUUCAAAGUGCGCCUAAUCCAGAAGAGCUAACUUAUAAAAUGUUCGCUUGUGGACUUGCAAAACGUAGAAAGAAAAAGGUCACUAUACCAUUUUGUGCAAGAGAUGCUGAUAAUUAUGAUACUAAAGAUAUUGUACUUUAUGAAGAAGUUGCUAUGGUAUCAGGUUUCCAGCGUCCUGUUAUUUGUUUAAUCGGAGCUCCUGGAGUUGGUCGUCGAAGUUUGCGUAAUAUGCUUAUUCGUGCCAAUCGAGAGAGAUAUGCAUCAGCUAUUGCACAUACAUCAAAAGAAUUAGAUGUUGGAGAAGAGGAUGAUGGUGAAUUUAUUGUUGAAUCGAAAGAGAAAAUGGAAAUGGAUAGUUUGAAAAAUAAAUAUCUUGAAUUCGGCGAAUAUGAAGAUAAUUUCUAUGGUACAAAAUAUGAUAGUAUCCGAGAAGUAGUGCAAGCAGGCCGUACAUGCUUACUUGAUUGUUCGGUACAAGCUGUGUCCAAGUUAAGAAAUUCAGAAUUUAUGCCUUAUGUUGUAUUUCUUGCUGCUCCAUCGGUUAGUUGUAUGAAAGCAAUGUAUGAAUAUGGCAUGAGUAUGGGUUUCACUGAGAAAUGGAAAAGAGUAUGUUUUAUUUAAGAAUUUAAUGAUUUCUUUUCCAAUUAUGAUUAUGUGUGGAUCUGUAAAAUUUACUUUUAUAAACCUCAUUUGUUUAAAUUCGUUUAGGAUAUAUGCACAAACAGAGAAUAUUUGAGUUACAUUAAUCUACCUAAAGUUAGUUAGUUCUACUACCAAUAUUUUUGUCUAUGUAUUAAGAAGUAGUGAACAAAUUAUACGAACUUUAAAACAACAGAAAGAGAAUAAUUCAAAACUUUCUGUCUGAUGAUUGUUUUCUACCAGCACUUGCACAUCCCGAUAAGCUUCUUUUGCAAACUUGAUAACCGUUAUCAUGUAAUGAUGGUAACACUUAGCGGUUUGUUUCACACUGUUGUAAAAAUAUACCAAUGCAGUGGUUACACUAGUUGUAACGAGUAAUCACAAUACAAUCAAGAUGAAGCAAAGUUCACUUAUGUUCAAAUAAUAUUCAGUAGUUAAAAACUUUUGAACAGUCAAUUAUUGAUAACAGCGUUUAGCUUAUUUCAAACAACUAUGGAGACCGAUCAUAUGCGAGGCCAAUAACUGUACACUAAUAAAAAAAGUACUUUGCCAUGAAAUUGAACCGUUUCUUAUAAAUGUAAUCAUUAAUUGCCCAUCUCUUUGGAUGUCAUAACUCUCAGUUUUUUAAUGCUGCACUGUUCGAUUUUCACGGACUACAAUUAUCUAACAUUUUGAUUUUGAGUCUCAAUGGAGAAACUUUAUUUGAUUAUACAUAACCAUUCUGGUGCAAACUGUUAAUUUUAAAGUCUGUCUAAAAAUUUUGUGCAUAGGAAAAUUCCACUUCAAACAAUUAUUGAUAAUUUCAACACUAUUCUUACAUUGUAAACAAAACUUUUUUUAACGUGUGAUCCUUUUUAACAAUCUGAUCAUUAUAUAAUCGUAAUUUCUACUAUGGUUUUUAUUUAAUGUAACGUUGAACAUCACAUAAACUCUUGACUUUUGCAUAGAAACAUAAAAGUCAUUAGUUUGAUGUUAUACCAUAAUUUUAGCUAUUGUCAUUAUAUUUCACCUUCUAAAAUAUUAGUGUUUUUUUCUAAUCAAUCAGGAUGAAACAUUUCGUAAAACACUUGAAACCAGUACCUACAUAGAACGUGAAUACAAUUAUCUCAUGGAUUUAAUUUUAUUAUGUGAUAAUAUUGAAACAACUUUUGAACAAUUAAAUUAUCAUUUAAAUAAUUUACUAACAGAACCACAAUGGGUACCAGCUAAAUGGCUUUAUUAAUUGAAGGCAAGAUCUAGAAGAGAACAUACCACGAUUAAACAGUAAUCACUCACUAUAAUUUCGUUGUUUUGCAUAUCUUAGUUUUAAGAUGUUUCAUUUUCUUUAAUCUAAUUCUCGUAUUGUUUAAUCCUUUGCUUGUAUAUAUCCAAAUGUUCAUUCGUACUGAAGUGAAUAGCUUUUACCUCUAAAUUCAUUGUUUUUUUUGAAAAAAAUGAUCCAGGUUUGAUUUUACACUUCGUUUAUUUUUUACGGUUCAAGUCACGUUCUUUUUUUCUGAAGAAAAUUUUUUUUUGUAGUACGCGCUUUUUUUGGUUUGAGACGUUUUAAUUAAAAGAGAUUGGACAUUGAAUGU